UGUAUCCCCAAAACCGAACCGAACGAAUCGCUCGCAUCGCCCGCUGCUCGAUAAGUCAAAUUGUGUGUUGUGUGCGCCAAAUCCAGCGGGGGCCAAAAUCAAUAAUCUUUGGUUGUGCGAUUUCGCGGCUUUUUUUUUGUGUUUUCUUUUAAAAAAACAAUCAAUACCCGAAGAAUGGGCACAGAAACCAAGAGCAACAGUUACACAGGACAGAUUUCAACAAGUGGCGGCAACCCCAAAGUGAUGAAAGAUUCUUUAUCCUUAGUUCGUCAGACGGUCAAUCAGCAAUCGCAAUCGCAAUCGCAAUCGAACCAGAACCAGGUCCAGAACCAAUUGAAUUCAAAUACAAAUUCCAAUUCGUAUCGAAACGAAAGCGAAACUAAAACCGAACACGAAAACGAAAACGAACAGAACACGCGUGAUAUUCGAGCUAAACAGGAGGACAAAUCCAGAAAAGAGGCGAUUGUUCCCUUUGUUCCCAUAUUUGUUGAGGAGGCCGACGUGCUUCAAGGGGCCAAGGAACUGUUGAAGGUUAUUCGACCGACCUGGGACCUCAGCCACGUCGAGUUUAAGAGUUUCACCGAUGGAAUCACAAACAAGCUGGUCGGAUGUUUCCACAAGGAGAACUCCAAACUGAGAGGAGAUGAGAACAACGGAUCGUAUUUACCCAUCAAGACGCAGGGCCUGUCGCCGGUUCAGUCCGAGGAUCCGGUCAUCAUCGAAAAGGAUGAGUUCACGGACGAGCCACCUGUACAGUACUCCGAUAACGUAGUGCUGGUGAGGAUAUACGGCAACAAAACGGACCUACUGAUAGACCGAAAGGCGGAGACGCAAAACUUCCUGCUGCUGCAUACGUACGGGCUAGCGCCGUCGCUGUAUGCCACAUUCAAGAACGGCCUCGUCUACGAAUACGUACCUGGAACCACCCUGAACACGGACAGCGUCCUCUGUCCAGAGAUCUGGCCCUUGGUCGCCCGUCGCAUGGCCGAAAUGCACCGCAAGGUGAGGAAGCACGGGGAGAGCGCAACGGCCAAGCCAUUGCCGAUGAUUUGGAAGAAGACGCAGAGCUUUCUUGAUUUAGUACCUGAACGUUUUAGUGAUGCUGAAAAACACAAAAGAGUGAAAGAUACGUUUCUACCUAUUGGCCGCCUGCGCGAGGAGUUCAACACGCUGUAUAAAUACCUUGAGGCUCUGGACAGUCCGAUUGUCUUCUCCCACAACGACCUACUGCUGGGCAAUGUCGUCUAUACGCAGAGCCUGAAAACAGUCAACUUUAUCGACUACGAGUAUGCCGACUACAACUUUCAGGCGUUCGACAUUGGCAAUCACUUUGCGGAGAUGUGCGGCGUCGACGAGGUCGACUACUCCCGCUAUCCGAAGCGCGAGUUCCAGCUCCAGUGGCUGAGGGUCUACCUCGAGGAGUACCUGCAGCGCAGCCACAUUCAGAAUGAAGAGGUCGAGCUGCUCUACGUCCAGGUCAACCAGUUUGCGCUGGCAUCGCAUAUCUUUUGGACGGUGUGGUCCCUGUUGCAAGCUGAGCAUUCCACUAUCGAUUUCGACUAUGUCGAAUAUGCAUUUCUUCGUUACAAUGAAUACUUGGCUCGAAAGGUGGAGUUUUUGUCAUUGACUGCAGCAAAGAACAAUAAGUGAUUUCUCUCCCGGAAACUGACCGCAUUAUUGGGAGUAACUAAAUUAUGUGCCCGGUGAUAUAUAUGUAAACUAAGGCUGGAACGGGUCCCAAUGUUAUACAUAUGUAUAUAUAACGUGUGUUCAGAAAUCAGAAACAAAACCGAAAACAAACUUAAAUUAGUGUCGUGUUCGUACCAGCCUUAGUGUAUGUACAGUGCUCACUCGAUACAGUGAACAAUAAAAACACAGGGUGUGCACUGAAUUCGAAUUUGUUCACUAUAACGAAUCACAAACAUAACAAAAAAAAACCUUUUUUUUUAAAGAACACGUUUGCAGCAACAAAAUUCUUUUUUCCUAAUUUAAACAACUUUUAAAAUGUCAUAAUUAAAUGGUUCACUCUUACUAAAAGUUCACAUAAUCGAGUGUUCGCUCUUAAGAGAAAGCACUGUAUAUAUAUAAAGAAUUUGUAUAUGUUCUUUAAUUUGUAUAAAUUGAUAUUUUGUAGUCAUAAAUAAAAUGAAGGUAUGUACUUUAAAAAUAAA